ACUUCUGGCACAGAUUUAUCAUUUAUCCGAUCAUAACGACUGAACUGCUGUUACUGAGGCCGUUGGAGACCUCCCCUCUGUCCCCUAUCCGAAUAAAAUGGAGCUUUCUGCGGCGUUGAAAGUGGCGCUCUUAAGUAGUCUCCUCCUGUCCGCCGUGAAGUCCGCCGAAGACUUCAACGAUACCUUAAACCUCCGGCAAAAGUCACAUGUAGCUGGUCUUUGCGCUCAACUCAUCGAACCUGCUGGUUUCCCUUGCUCAGAACACAAUGCUCAAACAAAAGAUGGAUUUGUACUGGGACUUCAACGCGUGUCAUCUAGUUCUGGAAUUCUCAGAAGACAAAUGGGCCCUCCUGUUCUGCUUAUACAUGGACUUUUCAUGGCAGGUGAUGCGUGGUUCUUGGAUACCCCAAAUCAAUCCUUGGGCUUUAUCCUUGCCAAUCGUGGUUUUGAUGUCUGGGUUGGUAAUGUGCGUGGGACACGCUGGUGUCAUGGCCAUAUAUCUUUAUCAGAGAAAGAUAAGAAAUUCUGGGAUUGGAGUUGGCAGGAAUAUGCUCUUUACGAUCUCCAAGAAAUGAUUCGUUAUGUAUAUACAGUUACAAACUCUAGAGUGUUUGUCAUUGGAUAUUCUCAGGGAACAAUCAUUUCUCUGGCUGCCUUUACUGAACCAGAUACAGUACAAAUGGUUGGAGCAGCUGCGCUUCUUUGUCCUAUAACAUAUUUGAAUCAUAUGACUGCUCGAUUGCCUCUUAGAUUAGUUAAAAUGCAUCUUACUCAGGUUUUACUUGCAGUGGGCAUUCAUGAACUCAAUUUCAAAAGUGACUGGGGUACUCGCAUCAUGGAAAUGAUGUGCGACAGACAUGUAGAUUGUGGUGACUUGCUAUCUUCUAUUACAGGGAAGAAUUGUUGUUUCAAUAGCUCUCGGAUUGAUUUCUAUCUUGAAUAUGAACCGCAUCCAUCAUCUACAAAAAAUUUGAAUCAUCUCUUUCAGAUGAUCCGAAAAGGUACUUUUGCGAAGUACGACUAUGGAUUUUGGAAGAACUUGAAGCACUACGGCCAACUGAAGCCACCAAAGUUCGAUCUAAGCCAAAUUCCCAGUUCAUUACCAUUAUGGAUGGGGUACGGGGGAAAUGAUGCCUUAGCAGACGUCACAGAUUUGCAGCAUACUCUCAAGGAAUUACAAUCAAAGCCAGAUUUGCUCUAUCUUGAAAAUUAUGGUCAUCUAGAUUUCCUUUUAAGCACAAGAGCAAAGGAAGAUGUUUAUGACAAAAUGCUUGCAUUUUUCGAUUCAUUGGGAACACACAGCAGUUACUAAAUGUUGGAUCGGGGAGGAUCGGAGAGUCUUGAUAGUAUUAAGGAAGAAAAUUUUACUCUUGUUCACUCUUGAAGUGAACUUGCACAUAGGGGUUGUAUACUUGUAUAAUUGUGUGUAAAUUGUACGCAUUAUGUUUAUGAUGUAAAUAUAAUUUCAUAUUUUCCACGGAUUACUUAUUUUCAGCGUCUGUACACUAGCAUUGUAAAUAACUUUAUAAUGGUAACACUCUGCCACAAAAAUUUUAAUUAAUA